AUGAAGCAAAGUUUUUUACAGAUAAUUAAUAUCGUUUUUAUUCUCAUCCUUCAACCCAAAAUAUCUUCACCAUCAUCCAAAUAUGCGGUUUUCCACCUGAGCUCACAAACUUUUAUCGUGGGUGCUAAUUUUGAAACACCCUAUUUGUAG